AUAAUUGUAGUAAUAUUAAUAAUAAAAAAGCUUCUACUAACUGAUAACUGAAUAAUCACGUCAAUUAAAUCUUCAACAGGUAUACCACAGAAUCAAUGUCAUGGCUUCAGACUACAAUUCCGUUGAUUGAAAAUCAAUAUCUACUGCUGAGCACAGCUCUUGUGGAAUCUACAUAAAUGUACUGUUUCAACAAAGUGUGUUCAAACUCUGAGGUAACAGCAAACCAGUGUUAGGCAUUUGCUUAGUAAGUUUAAAAAAGGUACCAAACAAGCCGCGCCCCUUCACUCAUCACAAAAGCACUGAUUACAUGCACUUCUGCAGUCCUUGGACCUAUAACACCCCUUUAAAACCCAUUGCAUUAACUCUAAAAAUACAAUCAGUAUCAGCUUUAUUGGCCAGUUACGUGUACAUUUACAAGGAAUUUGACUCCGGUUUUUCGUUGCUCUCUAUGUACGUACACAGAAGUAGACAUAAAUAUGGCUAAAAACAAGGACAACAAACUCAACAAGUGGGAACACGUGACCUCAACAUGACCAGGGACACUGAGGCAGGUUGCAGCUGAGCCAAGAUGAAGGUCAUUGCUGUCCUUGCACUUUGGGUGACCCUGUUCUACCAGGGAUACAGCAACUCCCUGGACUCAUGUCAGGGUCGGUGUGGUUAUGGAACAGACAAUAGUUUCUCCUGUCAGUGUAACUCAUCCUGUGAGCGCUUCAGAGACUGUUGUUCCGACUACACUGACAUAUGUAAAACUGCAGCCACAUCUUGUAAAGGCAGAUGUGAUGAGAAAUACAACUCUCAGAACAAGUGCCACUGCAACUCCAAGUGCGCCCAAUACAAAAACUGCUGCAGCGACUACACAGACCUCUGUGACAGUGACGGAGGAGGUGGAGGUAGUGUGAUCACUGAUGCUGAGAUCAAGGCUCUCUCUGAGACGCUCUAUGCUCUGGAUUCAAACAAGGCUUCAGCCUCAGAGUUGAUCAUUGACCCUCAGGCUCUGGUGCCUGACUCUCAGACCAGCUCCCAGUCAGAUCUCUCCUCUGGACUCUUGUUCCGAUACCUGGAUGAGCAGGCUCUGUUCUCCAGACCAACCUACGCUGCUCUCCUGGCUGUGCUGGACAACUACCACAGGAUGACUGGACAGACAGAGGACUUCAGUCCUCAGCAGCUGGCUGAGCAGGAAACCUUCGUCAAGGAGACCAUGUCGAACACGGACCUGGGCAGAGAGCUGUUUGCUUUCCUCUCCACCAAGGGUGUCUAUGCAUCAGAGGAAGAGUUCAUCCAGGACCUGAAGAUGAUGUGGUUUGGUCUGUACUCCCGCAACAACAAGAAGAUGGACUCCAGCGGCUUUGAACACAUCUUUGCAGGAGAGGUCAAGGGAGGAAAGGUGUCUGGUUUCCACAACUGGAUCCAGUUUUAUCUUCUCGAGAAAAGCGGACAGCUGAACUACUACAGCCACAGCUUCAAUGGGCCUUGGACUACCUACCCUGAUGUCAUGGGGAUGCAGUUCAUGUGGGACGGUUACUUCAAGCAGGUCGGUUCUGCAGUCAUUGGCUGCAGCCCUGAAUUUGACUUUGCCUUAUACAGCCUCUGCUACAUCACUCGCCCUGGAAAACAGUGUCGUCUGAGCCUGGGAGGGCAUGAGCUCAUUAUCCAAACUUAUACCUGGGAUAAUUCUGUCUAUGGUGAUGGGAAGAAGUUCAUCGGCUCUGCUUUUCCUGCAACUCCCAGGAACUGAAGCUGCCAUCUGCUAGGAGUCUGCAUGUCUUUCAUUACACUCAUAAUAUAAACGCUUUGAAAAAUAAUAUUCCUUAUUCAGUUUAAAAGUUAAAAGAUAUGAUGUGAUAUAAAUGUAUCACAACAGCUUAUUUUCAUUCAGUCAUGUUUUAAUAAAGCAGUCCAGAAUAAUCAGAAAAAAUAAUAUAUCUUCUCACUUUUAAAACAGUAAACCAGACAGUGGAUUAAUCUGCAGUGUAACCUUUCCAAGCAGUCUUACAGAGCAAGAGAAUGUGGUGCUCUCCCAGGGGCACGAUCAAACUGUGCCUAAUGGGGCAAAAAAUGGGUGUUUACACACCCUGAACGGGCACAAUACUGUUACCAACCCCUCAGUAGUAAGAGCAUGUGUGCAUCUGACACAAUUGCUUAUUGUCUUAUAAAACAGCACAACAAAAAACAAAAUGCAGUCUUUUGUAGUAUAAACUAUAGAAACAAAACGGCAUUAACAGAUCCUGUUCUGCUUGACCUGCUUCAAACAGUAGCUACCAGCUAAACCUGUUCUUAUCAGCUGUCCGUAAAACCGUGUGUCUAACUCCCCAGUGUGGGGUUAAGUGUGUGUGUGUGUGUAUGUGUGUGUGUGUGUGUGUGUGUGUGUGUGUGUGUGUGUGUGUGUGUGUGUGUCCAGCUGGGAUGGGGGUUGAUUUUACUCUUUCACUCAUCUAGGGUGACUAACAGGAUAAAUUCUGGUCUGCAGACAGAACAGGGGGACACACUUGCAGCCCUGUUUGAAGAAAGUAUUACAGGAGAUGGAUCUGCGACUGAUCCCAUUGUCCACCAGUCUGUGUGCAUUCAUGCAAAACAGCAGCACAAGACCAGUUAGUUCACAGGCCUUCAGCGAUUCAUCUGAUUUGGGCCUCCCGUGCAGUCAAAGUGUUGCAGCAACAUGACAAUAAAGUGGCCCAGGGAAGAAUUUCUCUUCACUAUUUUGGUAGACCAUAUUACAUUUUCUGAGCUGGUGACUCUAGAAAUUAGAAGAGUAAAUCUUCUCUCUUUUCACACUGCCCUCUUUUUAAAGCCCCAGUGGAAUCAAAUUAACUCACAGUGGGGCAAAUAAAAGAAAAAAAGAUUCAAUUGUUUCUUUUGUCACUCACACAACUUCAUAAUCGAAUUAUAGCUGGCCACCCGCCAGCGUGUCCUCGCAUCUCCCCCAAAUGGGCUCCUCCUGGCAGAUCCCGUGAGCCACCUGACUUUUGUUUUGUAAUUAUAUUAUCCCGCUCUCCCUUUAGCGUGUUGUGGCUAAUGGCUACAACACUGGCUAGCCCAGCUGCACAUGCAGAAACAAAGCUGCUUAUGGGGCCAGACAAUGGACCAGUGGAAAAGGGACGCCUGAAGGCGGUCAGCCAAUGAGCACGCACAACAGGGGGCCAACACAGGGUUUAGGGAAGGGUUAAGGGGGUUUAGGGGUUCAGGCAGAGGGGGGUGUCUAUUUUACCCAGUAGUGGGGUCCAUCAAUGAGAUAGUUAGUAGGAGGACACAUGGUCAGCAUCACCCCUGUCUCCCCAGGGUCGAUGCUGGGCUAGAGGGAGGUUCAAGUUUGGCUUAGAUGUUGGCCAUUUCUAAAGUUGAUGGGGGACCAUGAAAUAAAGAGCAACGUUCAUUCUCUGGAGUUUUUUGUAUGGUUUCCGAACAAUAUGAUGACCAUAUUGUCAUUGCUGUUACCGUCGGUAUACAUUUUGAAGUGGAUACAGACAUAUGCAGAGUGAGAGAUACAAUCUUGGUCUGUUGAAGUAACCUUUUAGUAUCACUGCAGUAAAAGUAUAUCAAAGGCUGCUGAUAACUGUAGGAAGAAAAAAGAUUUUGAUUGCUGCACAUGCAAUCUACCCUCUUCCCUAAACAUAAACACACACAAACAAACACACACACACUAACAUGCACAGACGCCUCAUACUGUGGCGUUGGCAACUCUCUGAGGACUUCCAGUAUGACAGAUGGAUAAAACCCACUUUCCCCCACUGUCACACACAGAAACUCUGGGGA